AUUUUAUAUUAUACUUUUAUUUAAAAAUGCGUUCCACAUUCAUUAUUACUAUUGCUGCAAUUGCUACAGCUGUUUCUGCUGCACCCACUACUCUUGACAAGAGAGCACCAAAGGCUCAAGUCAUUACUACUUGUACCGUUCCUGGAACAAUUGCUUUGACUUUUGAUGAUGGACCUUAUGAAUACACUUGGGAUUUAGCUAAAACACUCAAGAAAAAUGGUGUUACCGCUACCUUCUUUAUGAAUGGCAAUAAUUGGGUAGAUGUGGAGAAACAAACAGUAAAGACAAGUGACGGUAUUAAAACUUAUAAGGAGGUUAUCAAACAUGUUUACAGUCAGGGACAUCAACUUGCUAGUCAUACUUAUAGUCAUCUUGAGCUUGGUGGUCAAUCAGCUUCUAAGGUUAAAUCCGAAGUUCAAAAGCUUGAAAAGAUUUUCCGCUCUGUCAUUGGCAAGAAUCCUUUAUACUUCCGUCCUCCUGCUGGUUCCUAUGAUGAUACCACGCUUAAAACACUCGGUAGUCUUGGUUACAAAGUGAUUCUCUGGGAUAUUGAUUCUAAUGAUUGGAGAUACAGCAGUCAAAGCAGUCUUUCUAAAGAACAAAAAAAUUAUAAAGAUGUUAUCGAGGCUGAUUCCAAGAAAAAUCCUAAAGGUCAUAUUGCCCUUCAUCAUGACGUGUACAAGAAGACUACAGAAAAAUUGGUUCCCUGGGUCAUCAAAUACAUCAAGGAUAAGAAAAAUUAUAAAUUUGUCAGUGUUGCUGAAUGUAUUGGUCAAACAAAGGGUAGUGCCUAUAGGACACGACAAUAAAUUUACGUAAUAUCUAUUACUUUCUUCUUAAUUUUAUACACGCAUAUUUGAUCUAUUUUUUUUUCCCACUAAUAAAGUUGUAUUAUAUAAUUGUUAAAGAUAAAAUAAAC